UAUACAAGCAAGACACGGUGCGUUCCAUAGAAAGUAUGCGCAACUAUAGUCAGUAAUACUGACUCGGUAUUAUUAUACCAAACUACAUCACUUAACUUAAGCACGGUAAAUUGAUAAAUCGGAGUCGACAGUUAGUAGCAUUUGUAUUGGUUCGAGCGCGCUGUUAAAACAAAAAGUGAAAAUCAUGAGAGCAAAACAAAAGAAAUGCGAUUUGGAAUUGAAAGUGACAAAGAACCGCAGCACACAAAGACGUAAAGAAAUGUUGGACUAUGAGGAGGAAUCCUCGUCUUCGGGGGGCGAAUUAACCCCCAAGAAAAAUGGAAAAACGACCAAUAGUGUGCAGCAAAGCCCAUCUCUACUGUCAUCUCUAAGAAGUGUUCUAAUUGUACUUAGCACUGCUUUAAUUUGCUUUGCGGCCGCAAGAAAUUCCAUCACAUGGCAUUGCCAGCGAUUCUGGGGAGCGUCCGGGGAUUUUUGGCAGGCACAGUGGGACAAAUUCUUGAACACUGUCGGAGAAGAUCCGUUUUAUUUGUGGGUUUACGGUACGAACGCUUUAAAUUUUAUAGUUUACUGGUCGUUUGGCGGUAUAUACACGUUCUUGGACAUAACCAACAAACCUGCAGCUCUGCGACGUUACAAAAUCCAACCUGGCACCAAUGAACCCGUGGAAAAUCGCAAGCUGUUAAAAGUUCUUUGGCAAGUUUUAUUGAAUCAAACGGUGGUUGGUUUGCCGUGCGCUUUUUUCAUGUAUUGGUUGUCACAGUGGAGAGGGCACCCACCUGUAAGAGAGCUGCCCACCUUCCACUGGGUGUUAUAUGAAUUGGCUGUACAUAUUUUAGUGGAGGAAGCGGCUUUUUAUUAUUCUCACAGAUUGCUUCACAGCAAACACCUGUACAAAUACAUCCACAAGCAGCACCACGAGUGGACCGCCCCCAUCGCCGUCACCGCCAUCUAUUGCCAUCCGAUCGAGCACAUCUUCUCGAACUUGUUCCCGCCCUUUUUGGGCGUGUUCAUAAUGGGCUCGCACAUCGCCACGGCCUGGCUCUGGUUCACCCUGGCCAUCUUGUCCACCCUUAACGCGCACUCCGGCUACCAUCUGCCCUUUUUCCCCUCGCCAGAGGCGCACGACUUCCACCACCUCAAGUUUACCAAUUGCUUUGGGGUUUUGGGUGUGCUGGACAGACUGCACGGAACAGACAGUAACUUUAGACAGACACGUGCGUACAUCAGACACAUCAUGAUGUUGAGUUUUAUUCCGCCAAGGGAAGCGUUCCCGGAACAAUUAAACUUUUGCAAACACAAAAUGGGUAAAACCAACUAA